UGGUGUGACGUCACGGCCCUGAUCUCGGCUCUUAUUAUUAUUCUGUGGUCCAUGAGCAUCACAAUCAGCUGCUUGUCCCAUCGCUCUCUUCCUGCAGCCACCCAGCAACAAUAAUAAAUAAUAAUAAAUUGAUUCAGUGGUAAUAAAUCAUCAAUAAUAAUGAUAAUGAAGGUGGAUUUUGAGGAGUGUCUGAAAGACUCGCCCCGUUUCCGGGCUGCUGUAGAAGAUGUAGAGGGUGACGUUGGAGAGCUGGAGUCCAAACUGGACAAGUUAGUUAAGCUGAGUAUCGGAAUGAUUGACGCCGGUCGAGUUUACAGUCACGCCAACAGACAGUUUAUUAACGGGAUCCGAGAUUUAGCUCUGCAGUCCAGCAGAGACGACGUCAUCGGGUCCAGUUUAGCUGCUUUUGCUGAGACGCUGCAGGAGAUGAACAACUAUCACACAAUCUUAUUUGACCAGGCACAGCGAUCUGUGAGAUCUCAGCUUCAGACCUUCGUAAAAGAGGAUCUGAGGAAGUUUAAGGAGGUGAAGAAACAGUUUGAUAAAGCGAGCGAGGAGAAGGAAGUGGCAUUGGUGAAAAACGCUCAGGUUCCCCGGAACAAGCCGCACGAAGUGGACGAGGCCGCCAACAUCCUCACCACGACCAGGAAGUGCUUCCGCCACAUCGCCCUUGACUACGUACUGCAGAUCAACGUUCUUCAGUCCAAGAAAAGACUAGAGAUUCUCAAAUCGAUGCUGUCCUUCAUGAACUCCAAUCUGAGCUUCUUCCAGCAGGGAUACACACUGUUCAGUGAUCUAGAGCCACUGAUGAAGCAGCUCGGGGGACAGCUGGAUCAGCUAGUCGUUGACUCAGCAAAGGAGAAGAGAGACAUGGAACAGAAACACUCAGCUAUCCAGCAGCAGGCUGCACUACAGGACCUGUCCUCUGAGGACUGUGGGCAGCAGGUCAGUGUGGACUGUGAGGAUGGAGUGAUGAUGGAAGGAUAUCUCUUCAAACGAGCCAGUAAUGCUUUCAAAACCUGGAACAGUUUCACCAUCACUCUCUUUCUUUUUACUGUUUGUUUCUUUCUUUUGUUUGUCCAUCCUGUGUUGGUCCUCCUGAAGAGUGCCAGGCGUUGGUUCUCCAUUCAGCGCAAUCAGCUUGUCUAUCAGAAGAGAUUCAGGGAUAACCUCACUGUAGUGGUUGAAGAUCUCCGUCUCUGCACGAUUAAACAGUGUGAGGAUGUGGAGCGGCGUUUCUGCUUUGAGGUCGUCUCUCCAAACAAGAGCUGCAUUCUGCAGGCUGACUCAGAGAAACUGCGACAGUUCUGGACCAAAGCUGUACAGAACAGCAUUGCUACAGCUUACAGAGAGAACGGAGAGGAACCUGUGACUAGGCUGCAGCGUGAGUCGUCAGCGUCUCUGGGCAGUCUGGACUCUCUGGGUGAGUGUCGCUCGGGUCGCACUGACACUCCUCUACACCGCCUGCUGUCAGUCAGAGGGAACCAGAACUGCUGUGACUGUGGGGAGGCGGAGCCUCGGUGGGCCAGCAUCAACCUGGGCAUCACGCUCUGCAUCGCCUGCUCCGGCAUCCAUAGGAGUUUAGGAGUUCAUAACUCCAAGGUGAGAUCACUGACACUCGACUCAUGGGAACCAGAACUCCUGAAGCUGAUGUGUGAGCUGGGUAAUGAGCUGAUUAAUCAUAUCUAUGAGGCUCGCAGAGGAGAGAUCGGGUGGAAGAAACCCCAGCCUGGAGACUCCAGGCAGGAAAUCGAGGCCUAUAUCCGGGCCAAGUACGUGGAGAGGAGGUUUGUUCGAAAGCAAGACUCUCGGGAGCAGAGGUCAAAGGUCAUGGUGCUGAGUAAACAUGACAAGCAUCUGAAAGGAAGCACAGAGUUCCUGCCACCACGCCCACCCCCUCCCACCCCUAAAAUCCGCCCCGCCUCCAACACUUCCGCGCCUCUCAUUGGGCAGGAGGCGCGACGUGACUCGCUCUUCUGCCCCGAUGAACUCGAUUCCCUCUUUUCCUACUUUGACACGUCUUCGAAGCUGCGGAGCUAUACAGUGAAGAGUGCAGACAGUGGGAUUCACACCAGUGCUGAUGGUAGCAGAGAGAUGCUUAACUCAUCAUCUAACACCAGCCUGAGUGAACCCGAUCUUCAGGAGACAGAGCCCCCGCGUGAGCCCCCACCCAUUCUUCCCUGUGUGACGGAGUGUUCCCCCAACCUGCUGCUGUACUGGGCCUCAUGUGCCUCCAGUUUAGCUGACAUGGUGGAGGCGCUAGCGCUUGGUGCAGAUGUUAACUGGGCAAACACUGAGGAUCAGAGCCGUACACCACUGAUGCAGGCAGUACAAGGGGGUUCUUUGCUCCCCUGUGAGUUCUUGCUGCAAAACUCAUCUAAUGUGGAUCAGCAGGAUGCACGAGGAAGAGGAGCGCUGCACCAUGCUGCCAUGCUGGGACACACUGGACAGGUGUGUUUGUUCUUGAAGCGUGGGGCUUGUCAGAGCGUCUCAGACAUGGAUGGCAGGAGUCCACUAUCCAUUGCCAUGGAUACCACCAAUGCUGACAUCGUCACCCUGCUGCGUAUGGCCAAGGUGAACGAGGAGAUGAGGGAGUCAUUGGAUCAGCCCACUCAAUACUUUCAGACUCACAGUCACUCGGAGCAGUACAGGAAGUGCAUCCAGGAGUUCAUCUCCCAACAGCUGGACGAGUGUUAACACACAAAUAUACACUGUAGGGAUAACCAACACAGCUGGACAGGUGCUACCACAUGACUAAACACCACAGAUAAUCACCAACACAGCUGGACAGGUGCUACCACAUGACUAAACACCACAGAUAAUCACCAACACAACUGUACAGGUGCUACCACAUGACUAAACACCACAGAUAAUCACCAACACAGCUUAAUUAACACCUCGGUUAACACCACAUCUGAACCUCAGUAUUACAGAAUGUUCCAGUCUACAGGACACAGCGUAUGUAAUGUUUGCAUUAGCAUGUUAGCAUGUUUGUGUUUACAAUACUGCACCACUGCCACAACUCAAUUGGUUUGAUGGUAAUAUGACAAAAAACCCCAUAAUAUUGUUAGUGAAAAUUGUGGUUUUAGUACAAAUAAGAAGAGAGCUGUCCACCAGGGGGCACUGGUACUCUCGGUACAGGUGUUUUAUUUUUAAUUUACACACAGUAUUGUUUCCUGAAGUACUUAUCCAGCUCCGCCCACAAAUAUACCAGUAUUUUUUGUUAUGGAAACCUGCAAUCUACAUACACAUGGAAACUAAACUUUUGGUCACCUUAAACAAUUUAUACAAGGAGAUUUUGGACAGGAAAUCUAAUAAUUAGAUACAAUAAUUAUUUUUAUCGUAACGUUACUCUUGAGGUGUUUUAUGAUGUUCUCUCAGUCUGCUCAUGUGAAUGGAGAGAAUAAGAGAAGUGACAGAUUUAAAAAAUGCUCAUGUUGUGGAUGCAAUUUUUAAAAAAUUAGUAAAUGAUAGUUUAAAAAAUACCAAUAUAGCUGUGGGCAGGGCUUCAGACCGCAGGUGAUAAAUUAAGUGAUUUCCCUCCACUCUAGGUUCAGUUUCACACUUUUAUAUCAGAACAUAUGCUCCAAAUGACAUCUUUAUUAAGGCAAAACCAGACAUGUUAACUUUAAAGGUGCUUCUCUGAGACCAAACACACAACAUCACAACACACACUUUAUAAAAACACACAUUACAACACAGACUGUUUAUAAAAACACACAUCACAACACACACUGAUGAUAAAAACACACAACAUCACAACACACACUGUUU